GAUAGAGGUAGGUUCACAGCAAUAUGGCGCCUUUCGCGAUUUGUAUCGUAAAAGAGGGAGGUAGUGUCGCUGUUCUAAACUGAAAAGCGCGCUCGGUGCGUGCUUUUUUUCACGCUGCGGGUGUGUCCGAAGACCGCUUGCAGGUCCUGCACUACAAAACUCGGGGCAACUAGCACGGAAACCUGCGGGCGGGAGCAAAAGUCGUCGCGCGUAUUUAGCACAAUUUUACGCUUUAGGGUUAGCCCCGUUAGCGGUGUGUGCUUACAAACUGCGCUUAGCUACUGCUCGCUCCAACCAAUGUGCUCGCUUUUUGACCUGUGAGCAGGAAAAAGGACGCUUUGUUGACAUGAGUCCUAUAUCGUGUAACCAGUACCAAGGCUGUCAUCUCCGUGCUGUCGCGGCAGGCGCGGCGUGGGGAUUGCGAAGAGCAAGUUGGGCUGUUUACAAGAGAGCUUCCCCCGUCUUUGCAGUUCAGAGCGCCUUGUUCUACGCACGCAGCAUUUCUGGCGAAGCGUAGUUUUCAUUCAUGAGCGCUUAAUCGGGCACUCCAAAUGCGAGGUUUACUUUUUCGUUUUUCGCGACCACCGCGCUAUCCAGACCACGGGCGUGAAAACAUAGCAAGUCCAAGGUCCCAUCGCGUGCGUGUAUUGGGAAAGGUGGCGUGGUCAUGCAUCCUAUAUUUUUUCCUAAAAAAAUUGGCCUACGUUUUUGCUGCGUUUUAAUGGAGUAUAUAUUCACAUUUGAGCCGCCGGUACCGCUUGACUGGAGUUAGCGCGCAGAGGGGUUCGAACGGGGGAUGACCAACCGUUAACGGGAAUUUUCGCUAGUGACCCAGCCAUGUGUCUGUGAGCUCGCCUGUGUGUGCAGAUCUGUAACGUUCAGUGCGCUAGUCUGCUGAGUUUGGUUCUUUCGAGUGUCGCUUAGCCUAAAGUCGACCCGGUGGAUCGUGGAGCUCGCGGCAAGACGCGAAGCUGUAGCAAUGGCCAGUGUACUGGGACCGCACACGUAAAACUCGUCCGGGACCGCUCUCGAAGAUGGGUGAAGCCCCUGUCCCGGCCAGCAAAAAGCCCAGGCAAAGAGGCUUCCUGAACACCCUCCUGUGCUGCUUCGGUAGCAACAACCAAGGUGCUAGCAACCCGGUGAUCACCGAAGAAAAUGGGCAAUAUUCCCCCAAGUUGCAGGGAAAGUUCCUAUUGCCUCCUGUGCGUCAUCAAGACCUACACAAGAUUUGUCUCAUCAUUGACUUAGACGAAACCUUGGUUCAUAGUUCAUUCAAGCCCAUCAGCAACGCAGAUUUUGUCGUUCCCGUAGAAAUAGAUGGUACAGUGCACCAGGUUUAUGUUUUAAAGAGGCCUUAUGUAGAUGAGUUCUUACAGCGAGUGGGAGAUGCUUACGAAUGUGUCUUAUUCACGGCCAGCCUUGCAAAGUAUGCAGACCCAGUGGCUGAUUUGUUGGACAAGUGGGGUGUUUUCCGGUCCAGGUUAUUUAGGGAGUCCUGUGUUUUCUACCGUGGGAACUACGUCAAGGACCUCGGAAGGUUAGGGCGAGACUUGCACAGGGUGGUGAUCAUUGACAACUCUCCGGCGUCUUACAUCUUCCACCCAGACAAUGCAGUGCCUGUGGGGUCGUGGUUCGACGACAUGUCGGACACGGAGCUUCGCGACCUGAUCCCAUUCUUCGAGAAGCUAAGCAAGGUGGACGACGUGUACUCUGUGCUGCGCAACUCGAACAACGCAGCGGCCACGGCGGCCACGGGUGGCGGCGGUGGCAUGGUGUCGCCGGCCUUCCCGACACCGCCGGGCACCCAGAUGAACGGCUUGCUGCAGAACUCCUAGCAUUCCCCGUCUCUCGUCGUCUUGCCUUUGCUGCCGUCCGAGCGGGGCUCCUCUUCAAGAGGCACGGGACCCGAGUGCCUGGGAGUGGUCAGGGGCCCACCACAGAUGUCUAUUUUUGCUACACAAGGACCUCCGUCGGGGAGGCCUGCAAUGCGGGUGCAGACGACGGCGUUGCGAGGGUAGUUGUGUGAGAGCCUCUGCCUGCUUAUGUAUACAUCUAUAGGUAUACAGUUUGAGUUCUAUGCUCUACAUAUUAAACUGCGCGACGAGAACGUGAUCUGGUGACCCUUCCGCUCUUGCCUCUCUCUUGCGUGCCGGAUGGGGGCGGGUUCCUUUCCCCUGGCAGCGGCGGUGCUUGUGAUGGGCGGCUCUUUUUUUAAACGAGUUUUGUUAGCUCUCGUUUGUUUGGGGUUUUGCAAAUGGCCGUCUGCAUGCUUCAGUUUGAAGCACUCUUGGCUGGGGGGCUCCUUUAUUUCACACCAUCUUACACUUGGCUGUAGUUGCACACCCAGCCAUUCCAAAGUUUCACAAGCUAGAGAAGCACAAACCUAAGGUUCUGUGUUCACCCGAGUCUUGUUGCUUGCUGCUGGGCUGCAGGAAAGAUGAAAAACAAAUUGGCGGCUGGAGGUUUUAAUAUGUACCAUUGUCUGGGGCCCACACCAUAUACUAUAUACACAUCUGUGUGUAUGCAUGUAAUAUGCAUUAGUGUACGUUUGAUGUGCCAAUUUCUGGAACCUGUUCUGUGCGUUGCUAGCUCAACUUGCAGGGCCAGACGGCGUGUAUGAAUGCUCAGGGCAUGUGUGUGUGCCGUGCGGAUUCAGAGGAAGUUGGGGGUACUAGGUGCUGCUAUGCUUGGAUUUGCCUUGGGAGUGCACAUCUAACAUGGAAGAAAAUUUGAAGCCUAACAAUAAAGGUAGCCUGCUGCCUAGUAUAGAAGCAAACUUUUUCUUUGGAAUUAUUUUGUGUGCUUUUAUUUAGUUUUUAAGUGCGUUUCUCAUUAUAGUAUGUGUCGAUUUGGCCCCUUUGGGUCUUUGUUGCAUCGUUAGCAGUGGCCUGAGCCUACCUGCUGUGCAUGGAGUACAAAAGUGAAUUGAACGCGUCCCAGUGUUCCAAGAUCCUUUCCUUUGCAUUUUGCACGAUUCCUUCGAUUUUCAGUAAAGAAGUUGGUGUAGAAAUGCGAGGGACACAAAACCGCAUUACGGGUCCUCCUCCAGUAACAAUGCUAGUCGAAAGACAGAUGCUUUUUUGAUUCCAUCGGUUUGUAGAAAGGCUCGCUUGUUUUGUCACCUUAAUUAAACGUGGCUUUGACAUUCUGGAUGAUUGUUCUGUAUUUAGUACACUGACAAUUAAAUUAAUUUGUAUAUCGAGUGUGCCUUUUUUUCCCUUCUCACUUGAGCCCAGUGUGUCCAAUGUUAAUGUUGGUGUAGCUGUCCAUUGCUUUUGUGUAGCUGACUUUCUGUCCUACAGUUUUGUUCAAAUAGCGGCAUUGAUCAAAUUUCGGAACUGCAGAUUGGAAACUAGCGAUGAAGUGUGGCGCUUGCUUGUGUGCAUGGCGUUGAGCUUGUCUCUGUAACGAAGCUUGUCUGUAAUUUGCCAGCACCGCUAUGGGGCUCCAGGUGCAAAGCAAAUAGAGUGCAUUGGGCUUAGUGCCUCUGUUCAUCUUGAAUUUUACCCUCACCUUUCUUUUUACACCAAAGCAAAUGGUCUUGAUUGGUACACUUUCACAGUAUUAGAUGUCCGGAAUUCCAGCACUCUUCUGACCUUCAGAUGCAACGAGAAACUGGAAGCAGCUUGGCAUGUUAAAUCCCAGCACAUGUCUAUUUCAAGAUGAAAACCUUUUCAGUUUUCUCUACUCUGGAGCAGGUCUGCUAGAACGUUUUAGUCUCUUAAACAUAUCAGAUUGUGCGUUUUCACUCGAAUGCUGCACUGCAAAUGUCUUGUGAAGUGGGUGCGGAAUUGCGGUGCAACUGCUGUGGCCGUACUGGAGGUGAGACUUGGAAAAGAGAAAAUGGGGGCCUUGCAGCUGUCUGUGUUGUCCUGUUUCUUUUAGCCUUUCUGUUUUCUUUGUUCACGGCAAGGCUGAGGUUGUGCUUUGAGACCUGCUUUUGUCUGGUGGUCCACCAACAUUUGGGAGGGUUCAAAUUGAAGGCAAAUGUCGGGGGAGCGUGCAUUUUCAAAGGCCUUUGGAAUUCAGAUAUCUGUGGUCCUGUGCGAUUUGACCUGUACAAAGUAUGUUCUGGGAAGCUGACGUGGGUUCUGUAAAUAUUUUGUGCGCACCAUGCAGCUAUUUAAGCGUCUCGAGAGUACAGACUGCGGAGAUCCGCGUUCAGUUUGAGGAAUGAUUUUUCAAAGUGCUAAUAUUUUUGUGUGGUCGGUCUAAUUUCAUGAACACGUUUUUUGGGUUUAUGUUCCUCUACGCCGAUAAAGUUUUACAAUCCUGCGUUGCACUUGAAAGGUUUGGGGGUAGAGAGAUUUAUAAUGCCAUACGUAAACUGCAAUUUCACGAUGCUCAAUCUUUUCAUUAUCCUGGCCACAUCGUUGGUUAUGCUGAGCUGCAGGUGUAAUUACAAGUUUUUGCAAGCAAUGUUUUCUACUUACCCUAAUGUUACCCCGUGACAAAAGGUUUUCGAGGCAUGCCUGACUAGGAGUGGUUUUAUGAAGGCGAGCACAAUUUUGCCCAUGUAUUGUAAAUAUUGUGCAUUUUUGUAAGGAAUGCAAGGGCUGUCCCCCUCCCCCUUUUUUUCCCCUGAGUUCUGCUAUUCCUACUGGGUUUUUGUUUAAUUGUAGAGAGCAAUAACUUGGUUUGCGUUACUUUGCCUUGCGGAUCACUAACACAUGUGCGAAAGAUAUACUCGUAAGAAAAUUUAACACUACAGUUUUGGGAAUGGUUAUGUGGUGGCUAUCAAAUUUUUUUCUUCUCUGAUGUUUGCCUAACAAUGGAGCACUCUUGAGAAUCAUAAGAAUGCAAUCACUGUGUAGUAUAGCGCUUCUCUGUAGAGGCUUUGCAUGACACUCGGAUUUCUGGGCCUCUUGAUUGCGAGCUACAAUUCUAUUUGAUUUCCUUGAGCCUUGGAGUUCCUCUAUUAAUGGGAUGCUAGUGUAUUGAAGUACUGCAGCUUGGUUGGGCGUGGUCUUACACAGGCAGUGUUGGCAGUGGCGGCUGUUGUGCGUAGGGGUGGUUGUUGUGAGGCUUCCAAGGGUGAGCUGUCUACCAGAGUCUGAGCAGAGCAUUGGGUGGCUGUCAUUGGCUCUUGGGGCUGCGACAUACUGCGGUUUUAUCACUUUUUUUUUUUAACACAACAUACUGCCUUUUGUGCCUUUUCAUCCCCAUGUUGAUAGUUGCAAAAACAAGUGUCUCCGGUGCGGGCGUGUCAUUUUUUUUUUAUCCGCUCCGAUUGUGUAAUACCGUUUGUUUUGUAGAAAAGCACCGGAUUUUUGUAUAAUAACAAUGUUCCAUAAUCUCAAAUGUAUCAUAGAUUAAAAUAUUUGAGCUUGUA